AUGGCCCGCCACUCAAGCAAGAAGAAAGUUACUGACACUCGGGGACGUGAUCGCCGUCAAGAAAUAAUUGACAUCGGAGACACAGACGACGAGCCUGCCCCCCUUGAAGCUCCUCGAUUCCCACAGACCUCCACCGUGAAGAACAAGAAGAAGAACAAGACGCGAGCACCACCACCGACAACGGACAAUGACUCUGAAGAACCUUCCGACGAUGAAGACGAGCUGGCGUACCAGGUCGUACCAGUAGUGCAGCGAGUAAAGAAGCCCUCCCUGGCUGAUAUUCGCAAGGAGAAAGAUGUCCUCGUAGCCCUUCGAGCUACGGCGGCUCUUCUAUCUUCAUUGGGAGACAAGGACGAGAUUGAGAGAAUCAUCAAACUCCCUGGGUCUAGAAACAAUGAUGAGCUCUUGGAUUGCCGAGCAAAACUCGUUGCCUUGCUUUCUCCGCCAGCACCAGAGAGCGCGCAGCAAGGUGAAACGCCAGAGACAAUUCACCUUUUCGACCAGUACUUCGCCCACCAAGGCCCAAAUAGGGAACUAUACAUCCUUCGUCCCGUUGAGGUGAUUCAAGGCAAUAUGCGCCUCGCCCGAGGCAAAGUCGCCGGCUUUGUUCGUCACCAAGGCGACAGCUUUCCCCUCAAAUACGCCCUUCCAGGAUGGAUGGCGUGCAACGAGCCACACCCCAACGUCCUCGACUCCGCUUUGUGGACGAAAGAGGUUCAAAGAUGGGGCGAAUUUCACAAUCAUCAUUUCCCUGGCCAUCCCUUCGAGAAGCGUCACGGUAAGGAAAAGGGACACGCUAGUGCCUCUCACGUUGAGAUCCGCCUCAUGCUCUGGUACGCAUGUGAGAAAACGAAGGAGAUUGCAGGAGACAAGCCAGUCAGAGCGCUUCUAGGAGAGAUCUGGCGCUUGCGCAAUUUCGCCCAGGAUAUCGAAGCCGAGGUCUUCCUUACCAGAGCACCAUGCAACCCUUGCCUGGAAAUCAAGAAGCUCAUCGAAGAAUAUACCGGCAUCAAAUUCAACAUUCGAGUCAUGCAGAACCUCGGCGAACUCGAGCCCGUAAAAAACAAAACAGGCUGGAUUACUUUCGAUAGAUUUGCCUCGCAGAUCGAGGAUCAAGAUGGGCACCGUGGUUUCAGUGAGGACAUCGAGACUGUAGGACUUCACAACCAACGUCGACGCAAUGUGCUUACGGAAGGGAUUGAAAUCGUGGAGCGAGAGAACACCACCGAGGUGAUCGAGACGUACGAUGAGGGCCUCCGCAACUCUGCUAUCCAAGUCGUUAUUCCAGCCCAAAGCAGAGCUGGGCCUCGUAACGAUUCUUCAUGGACAGACUCAAGCCCCGUUCAACACCGUCAACAGCAACCUAAGAACCCGCGCUCAGUCUCCACUACCACAACCUCAGUCACGCGACGCAUCCAGGGCUUCCAAUUCCAGCCCGCUAGCUCGCAAGAAAAGCGAUACCAGCCAGCUCCUCCAAGCUCUCAAGGGAAGCACCAUAUCGACCUCGCUCCCGAUUCCGAGUCCGAAGAAGACCCCGAGUAUCGCCCCCCCGGAAGUCAGCGAACCAAGACGACGACCAAGACGACAGUCAAGAUCAAUAGUGCGAGCACAGCAUGUCCUGAUUUCGGUGCCGAGGCACGAAAGCAGGCUGAACGGCUCAAACGCCAAAGGGAGAAGAAGAAUAAGAAGCGAGCCAGAGAGCCAGAGAUGGCCUCGUCCACUCAUGCGCCGAAGAAGUCUCGCAACCUGAGGUUCGAAGACUAG